UUCCGGCGGCGGACGAAUUGGAGAACACUCCAUACACCGUCCACUUCGGGCCAUGUAAACGGCCUCUUUGUACCCCCCUGUUGCCAUCAAAUCCCUGGCACAUGCUCACGAGCCCACAGGACAGUAGAGGGGACAUUGCUACGGAUGUGGGUGGUAAUGGUGUCACUCCUUUAAAUCUCGGACGCCCCGCCUGCUCCCACCCCGCCCCGACUUUGACUGUAGAAAGCCCCACCCACUUGUCUGAAACUGGAGCCUAUUGGCUCCCUCUGGAAAAGCCUGUGGGCGGAGUUGGGGUGGGUGGCGGUGAGGGAAGAUAGAAGUGCUGUCUGACCCUGCUGGACUCCUUCGCGAGCUUCGGGGACUAGAACGCGCAGGCGCAAAUGCACAGCGCGGACCCCCACGAAGAAGCCAGGGCGCUGAGGGUCCAGGCUCCAGCUUGUUCCCUGCUACAUCAACUGGAGGAGAAAAGUUUGUGAAUUGGGCCCCCAAGUUUUGGGGGACCCGGGCUUGCGGCGUGGGGUGACAGAGGAGGCUCGUUGGAGCUUCCCCCAUGGAGCCUAUCCAGCCUGCAGAGGAACUCAGCUUGACCCAGCAGUCCCCCACCCCAGAAUUUGGGGACCCUGAAGACCCAGGGGAUGAGACCCUUGAUGGCUCAGACACGGUGGUGCUCAGCCUCUUCCCCUGCACCCCGGAGCCCGGGAAUCCUGAGCCAGAUGCUGGCGCCUCCUCACCUCAGGCAGGCAGCUCCCUGAAGCACUCCACAACACUCACCAACCGGCAGCGGGGGAAUGAAGUCUCGGCCCUGCCAGCCACCCUGGACUCCCUGUCCAUCCACCAGCUUGCGGCCCAGGGGGAACUGAGCCAGCUGAAGGAGCAUCUGAGGAAAGCAUGGCGGGGAGUGGGCAGGGGUGCAGUCCAGUGCUAUCACACCCUCCUGCCAGGUGACAACCUCAUCAACAAGCCAGAUGAGCGCGGCUUCACCCCCCUCAUCUGGGCCUCGGCCUUUGGAGAGAUCGAGACCGUCCGCUUCUUGCUCGAGUGGGGUGCUGACCCCCAUAUCCUGGCCAAGGAGCGGGAGAGCGCCCUGUCACUAGCCAGCACAGGCGGCUACACGGACAUUGUGGGGCUGCUGCUCGAGCGCGACGUAGACAUCAACAUCUAUGACUGGAAUGGAGGGACACCACUGCUGUACGCUGUGCGCGGGAACCACGUGAAGUGCGUGGAGGCCUUGCUGGCCCGAGGAGCUGAUCUCACCACUGAGGCUGACUCCGGCUACACCCCAAUGGACCUCGCCGUGGCUCUGGGAUACCGGAAAGGUCAGCCUCAGACGCAUGGGGUAGACAGUGCUGUAGGCGGGGUGACCACAGAGGGUACAUGGAACAUCCCACUUAGAUGUCAGAUUCCGGCAGCAAGAGUGUUCACAUUAGCAAACAUUGAGUGCCACUGUAUAUCUAGCCAGGGCACGUGCUAGGCCUGACUCUCGGAGGCUCCAGGUGUACUGAGGGUGGGUAUGUCAGUGACUGGGGCCGCUCAGGAACUGAGAGGCCCAAAAGAGGCCCUGGCCCACAUCAGGAUGGAUGGGAGUCAGGGAGGGCUUCCUAGGGACCCAAGGAGAGGGAGGAUGGUCCAGGCUGGAGGAACAGCACAUGCAGAGACUUGGCAGGCUGAGAAUGCCCAGAGGGAGGGAGCCAGGUCACAGUGCAGAGAGCCAUGAAGGCCACCCUCUCUGAGGCAGGAGGUGGGCAUGAGCAGAGGCUGUAGGCAGACCUGUUUGACUCCCCACUUCCCCACCCAUAAAACUGAUAGAUCCUAACAAAACCAACCACCUGGGGUCAAUGGGGGGUAUUGAGGGCUUGGGAAAUAUCCCCUCCUUGUUUCAAGGAGUGUUACUGUAUCAUGGGACAGAAAAGUCAAUCCUCAUGGCCCCUCUUGUCCUUUCAUAAACAUCACAAUUCGCCAAUUUUGUUUGGUAAGGAAUAUUUUCGUGAGGCCAAAGUCUCCAAAAAUGCAUUUUUACAAACUUAGGGGAAAUUGAGGUUCCUGGGAUGGGGGCCUCAGUCUUCCCAACUGUGGCCUGAGAGGGGCGUGGAUUUCCCUGUGUAUGAAGUGGAU